GAGGCUGGAGUUUCCAAGGAGAGGGGUGCUUCUAAUGGACUCCUUGGCUGUAGUCUAUUAAAAAGAGGGAAAGUCCCACGUAGGGACUGGGAUCUGUGGGGAAGCGCAGUCAGGACAAUGUGGGCAGAGGAAGAAGGCUGCAGAGGCUCCUAAGUUUUGGGGAGGAGCACUUAAAUAGAGGCUACUGAAGCGGCCCCUGCUAGAGAACUGUAGCAGUGUCAGGGGGGUCCCAGGGGCAGAAACUGCUAAGGGUGGGUGUGCAUGGGUGCUGGCGUGGGGAGAAGUCCUGAGAUGUAACUUUAAUAGUUUUUGAAGAAAAGAGGACCAGUAUGGUAUUCCUAUCUUAGGGUGAAGUUAAAGUGUCGGUGCAGUUUUAAAGAGAAAUGAUUGGCAACGUGGUUCUAGUUAGGCGCUGGUGUCAGAAGUGGACCUGAAAGCAUCCAAGAGUGUGGCCGCCUCUUAAUUGUGGCAGGAGCUGUUUUCUGGGAGCCAGCAUGGGCUAGAGAUGCUUUGAAAUAUUAGAGUGGACCAGCAGCCUUGGUUUGCAAUGCCCAGAGAUGCAUAAGUUUCUGAACAGCAGCUCGAUCUGCUUAAAGGAAUGUGCUUAUUUUGUGCAAGCCCUGGAUAUUGUGUUUUAUUUCCCUUUCAUGGCAGAGCAAGGUGCGCAAAGGGUGUACAUUUUUGCACUAAUCCUUCUUGCCCAAAAUAUAUUAUGAAUGAGGUUUGCUCGUUUUGUCCCUUUUACAUGUUGGCUAAAUGAACUACAAAAGUAAAAACGGUUCUGCCUGUUGUUGCUUUGGAGGCUGCAUUUAGCCUGUGGGGGCAUGGGGAAAACCUGGCUAUAGUACCUACAGCCUGCUGAAAGAGCUUUUGACAAGGCCACUGAGCAGCGACGGAAAGAUGCCGGCAAACCCAAAGACAGACCCUCGUUACUUUGUCCUCAACAAGCCUUUGCCCAUCCGCUCCCAGAAAGGUUUGAGGGUUCAGGCUCGAAGCAGCACCAUCUACAAUUGCUGGGAGAACACGAGAGAGCAAGUUUUCCGGGAGAACUACCACAGGAGGGUCAAACAGCUUACACAGCAAGGCUACUUCACCCCCAACUGGAGACCGUAUCAAGAUUUUGGAGAGCCUCUUUUUCUCGAACCAAAGAAGCUCACCCUCUAUGGUCUGGGACAACUGCCCCCGGAGAUCCUCAGAGAAGAUGUCUGCUCUGCUUUGGAAGACGUAGUGGAUCUUGAGCAGCCGUUGAGUGCUAAGACAAUCCCGGCAAAGGAGCCUGAGAAGAAACCUGCACAUUUUAGGUAUAUAGAAAAGGAUCUGAGGAGCCUGCAUAAAGACCUUGUACACACAAGGCAUUUAAUAAACUCCGUGAAGAUGGGGCGAGGGUAUUUCCACAUGCUUCACAGAGAAACAGUGGAGAGGAAGAACAUGCUUCUGCUGGAAGAGCAAAAAGAAGAAGAGAGACGGAAAACUGACUUCCAGCCCCCCAAAUAUCCAGGAUCAUCAUCAUCAUCAGAUGAAGAAGACACUUCAGAUGAAGAAAUAGCUGAUUUCUUUUUAACAGAAUGCCCCCUUCAGAGGGAGUCAGGGAAGAAGAAGGAGAAGAAAGUUAUCCGACCUUUCACCCCCGUCCAUAACGGUCUGAUUGCACCAAAGCAUCCGGAAGAGCAUUUCGAGUCCUUAUUUCGGCAGCUCUGUGCUCUCCAUUGGUUACUGGAAGCCUUGACUCUGGAGCCCAAUUCUACCAUGAAGCCUCUGAUCACCUGCUGGAAUCCAAAGGACUAUGGUGGAAGCAGAAAUACUUUCAAGGUGAUCAAUAAAGAAAAGAAUGUGAAGGCUCGAUGGGAACACUUUCUCAUCCACACAAAGGGAAGAAGAUAUACCCAGAAACUACCCCGUGGGCAGGGCUCCAGGAAGUUGCCCAAAAAGGCUUCCAUCAUGAGCAUCUCCAGAACGAGCGGCCUGUCCUCCCCGUACAGCAAAACCACUCUGGGCAGCACCAGCUCCCUGACGCCCGGCUCCGAAGAGGUGGUCCCCCAUUCUUCAGAUGUUGCCAAGGAAGGUGAAGAGAUAGACUCCUCCUGCAGCAAGCCAGCCAAGGAAACAAGGGAAGAGGAAGAACCUAUGAGUUACUACCUGAAGACGUUACUUCAGAUGAUCCAUGAAGAUGUGACGAAGAAUUUUAGUAAAGAAUAUUUGAUCUCGCACCCCAAACCACCCUCCAUGCUGAGAUCUGGGCCCGAUAGCGACCUGUCCAUUGGGCAUCGGGCUAAAAGCUCGCAUUCAUCUUCAAAGGAUGAUAGAAACAGCUCGGGAGUAAUGAGAGAAGAUACCCCAGUGGAGCAAAAGCUAAGGAGUUCGCUGGCAGUGAGCCUGAGAGAAGAUAUCACAACCACCGCAACAUAUAGGAUGGAAGAGAGCUCAGAAAGCUGUUUCAUUAGGCGAAAAGAGAACCUGUGCAAUGAGAUGAGGGAGCUGUUUGGUGAUAUAACCCAGGAAUCUGCUUUCAGGCUGCAUGACCAGCUGGACAUCUUAGAAAGGAGGCGAGAAGAGAAGAGCAUACAGAAAUUCCGGAGUCUGAAGCAAAUCACUAAGCUCCGGAAAGACCUUGAGAGAAUGAGGCAGGCUGUCCUGGGGCAUGAACCAAAACAGGCUGCAGAGGAGGAGAACUGGUUUGUCACUCUUCUGGACAAGAUCCCCAGUGAUGUCAGGAAAGACCGUCGGACCCAAAAAGUCCUGAAGAAGCUGGGAAAGUUUGCUAGCAAUCCGGACUUACGGAUUCGACCCCCCACUUUCUUGAAAGUCUUGGGGGAACUUCGUGUUUGGGAAAUCUGUUCUCCAGACGUCAGUGCAGCUAUACAGUUUUUGCGAGAAAAUAUUGUGGGGAUGGCUGAGGAAGAUUACAAACAGUGGCUGCAGAGGCGGGUCCCAAUCCAGAAACGAGCACACAGCGCCCCACCAUUAUGAUCCCGGAGGUGCACAAGAUAGCAACAUUCUCGAAAGAGACGGCGCGCUUGCUGUUCAAGAGCUGCAUCGGAAGAGAGCAGGGCAGCUACUGAGACGGCGCCCUCUGAAAAAUGCAUUUGCCAAAUCCCAGAAGGUGGAGAAGGGGCAGCUUCUGAGAAAGACUUGUUCUCGAAGCCACACCGCCUGCAAAUUCAGAGCCAGAGAGAAUCGAGCAGCCAAGGGAUGUUUCAACUUCGUUCUUUGGAUUUUUAGAUGCUAAGUUUUUAUUUUGUCCUACAUUUAAUUUGUCUGGAUCUGGGGGAUGGGGGGUGGGGAAGGAGUGAAAAAGGGAGUCGUCUUAUGGAGUUCUCUCUCUACAAUAGUUUUGGGUCAGUGACAGAAGCCAGUUGAUUGGCUUGUGCUACUGUAAAGACAGACCGCAGUACAGCAGUUUUGCAUUCGUGCUGCAUUUUUUUAGAUUUAUUAAAAUGCUGCUUCAACUGG